AUGGAACACGAAGCGAACUUGAACGAUCUAUCACUCGACGACAGGGGCAAACGAGAGCGUCCAGCACCUGAAUCCGAAGCUCCACCCUACGUGAACCAUCGGAUCAGCUGCUGGGAACGUUUCCGCCAACACAAACAAGGCACACUGCUGGGAUCAAACGGCAGCAGCGACGAGAUUUUGAUCAAGCUACCCGAUGGCACGAGUACUCGAGGCAAACGGUACGAGACCAGUCCCUGGGAUGUGGCGCAGAGCCUGGGACGUGACCUUGCAGAGCGCUCGGUUGUGGCUCUGGUCGACGGGGAGCCCUGGGACAUGAACCGACCGCUAGAGGCUGACUGCAGCGUCGACUUUCGCUCGUUCGAUACUCCCGAGGGUCGAGCUGUGUUCUGGCAUUCGACAGCGCACAUGCUCGGAGAAGCGAUGGAGUACAAAUACCACGGUGAACUAUGCAUAGGGCCUCCUGUUGAAGACGGUUUCUACUACGACAUCUUUCUCGGUGAGCGAGCGAUCACUCCGGAGGACCUCGCCGACCUGGAGCGAAGGAUUCAGCGCAUCAUGAAAGACAAGGGGCGUACCUUUGAACGCAUGGAGCUCACCAAGAGUGAGGCGUUGGAAAUGUUCGGCUACAAUCGGUUCAAGUGCGAGCUCAUCGAAAAACUGGGCGAAGGGGAAACAAUCACUGCGUAUCGCGAUGGGCCUUUUAUCGAUCUAUGCCGAGGGCCGCACGUCCCAUCCUGCGGCCGUGUCAAGGCAGUGAAGCUCACCCGCCUCGGACAAGCGUACUGGCUGGGAAAGGCCCAAAACCCGUCGCUUCAACGAGUAUACGGUAUUUCUUUCCCCGACAAGCAGCAGCUGAAGGAAUGGGAGCGACGGAUAGAGGAGGCAGCCAAAAGAGACCACCGCAAAAUCGGACGCGAUCAGGAGCUGUUCUUUUUUCACCCGUACAGCCCCGGAAGCUGUUUCUUUCUGCCACAUGGGACACGCAUCUACAAUCGCUUGUUGGAAUUUAUGCGCCGCGAGUACUGGAAUCGCGGCUAUGAAGAGGUGCUUACCCCGACCGUCUUCGAUUUUGCGCUGUGGGAGGCCAGCGGCCACGCGGCGAACUAUCGCGAGAACAUGUUCAGCUUCGAAGUCGAACAGAGAGCGUUCGGCCUCAAGCCCAUGAAUUGUCCUUCUCACUGUCUGAUCUAUGCGUCUCGUGUGCGAUCGCAUCGGGAGCUGCCGCUUCGCCUGGCCGACUUUGGUAUCCUGCAUCGCAACGAACUGAGCGGAACCCUGACUGGUCUCACUCGUGUUCGCAAGUUCGAGCAGGACGAUGCGCACAUAUUCUGUACGCCUGCACAGGUUGAAUCAGAAGUUCUCGGUUUCCUGAAAUUCCUCGAGCACGUCUACCAGAUAUUCGGCUUCAAAUUUGAGCUCGAGCUCUCUACGCGACCAGAAAAAUUCAUGGGCGACCCAGCGCUCUGGGACCGAGCGGAGUCCAUGCUUGCGCAGGCACUAUGUCAGUUCACAGGCAAACAACGCGACGAACCUGGCGGCUGGCGCCUGAAUCCCGGUGACGGUGCCUUCUAUGGCCCCAAAAUCGACAUCAAACUCUUCGAUGCGCUGCAGCGGCGACACCAGUGUGCUACCGUUCAACUGGAUUUUCAGUUGCCAAUUCGCUUUGAUCUUCGUUACACGGCUGCGGGUGCCAGCACUGAGGACGGCAACGCGGCUGCAAGCGGACCGGUACUGGCACCAGUCGCGGAGCGCAGCCUCGACACCACCGAUGCCACGCCCGAGGACGCCAAAGUCGUUCCCGCCUCGCACGACGUUCAUCGGCCCGUGAUGAUUCACCGCGCGAUUUUCGGCUCAUUCGAGCGCUUCAUCGCGAUCAUCACGGAGCACUAUGGAGGAAAAUGGCCGUUCUGGCUUUCACCGAGGCAGGUUGCUGUCCUGCCAGUGAGCGAUCGAUUUCUUCACUAUGCGCAGCAGGUGCACCAGCGUAUUCACGACGCAGGCUUCUUCGUGGACGUCGAUAGCUCCGAUCGCAAACUGGCGAAAAAGAUUCGGGAAGCACAACUUGCCCAGUAUAACUAUAUUCUUGUGGUCGGUGAAAAGGAGCAGGCCGACGGAACUGUGAAUGUGAGAACACGGGACAAUGAGGUUCACGGUGAGCGUACGAUUGAUCAAAUCAUUUCCGAGUUUCGCCAGUUGACAGAGCGAUUCCAAUAA